CAGCCUCGGCCGCGCGGCGCAGAGGCCCCCGCCCCUGCGCGCCGCCCUCGCGGGAGCCGGGCCCCCGCCGCCCUCCGCGCGCGCUGCUGCUCGCGGCCGCCGAAGAGGAGCCCGGGGCCAGUCUGUUCGCAGGUCUGGAGGGGGACCCAGCAACGGUCGUGGUGGUGGCAGCGGUGGGAGAUGCCCGGGAGGCCCACGGAGGUCCAUGUGGCGCCCUAGGUGGGAUGCUGGCAUCCUGAAGGCUGAAGCCCUGGCCCUGCUCCCCUGUGGCCUGGGCAUGGCGUUCUCUCAGUCUCACGUGAUGGCCUCUCGCCGGCACCAACAUGGCAGACUGAUCAUCGAGGUGGACGAGUACAGCUCCAAUCCCACCCAGGCCUUCACCUUCUACAAUAUCAACCAGGGCCGCUUCCAGCCACCGCACGUGCAGAUGGUGGACCCAGUGCCUCACGAUGCCCCAAAGCCGCCUGGCUACACACGCUUUGUCUGUGUUUCCGACACCCACUCGAGGACAGAUCCCAUCCAGAUGCCCUAUGGCGAUGUGCUGAUCCACGCUGGAGACUUCACGGAACUGGGGCUCCCAAGCGAGGUGAAGAAGUUCAAUGAAUGGCUGGGCAGCCUGCCGUACGAGUACAAGAUCGUGAUUGCGGGCAACCACGAGCUGACCUUCGACCAGGAGUUCAUGGCUGACCUCAUCAAACAGGACUUUUAUUACUUCCCGUCCGUGUCCAAGCUAAAGCCGGAGAACUAUGAGAAUGUGCAGUCUCUGCUGACCAACUGCAUCUACCUACAAGACUCAGAGGUCACAGUGCGGGGCUUCAGGAUCUACGGCUCCCCGUGGCAGCCCUGGUUCUAUGGCUGGGGAUUCAACCUCCCAAGAGGCCAAGCACUCCUGGAGAAGUGGAAUCUCAUCCCGGAAGGAGUUGACAUCCUUAUAACUCAUGGACCGCCACUGGGCUUUCUAGACUGGGUCCCCAAGAAGAUGCAGCGUGUGGGCUGUGUGGAGCUGCUCAACACGGUCCAGAGGCGAGUCCAGCCACGGCUGCACGUCUUUGGCCACAUCCAUGAAGGGUAUGGUGUCAUGGCGGAUGGGACCACCACCUAUGUGAACGCGUCUGUGUGCACUGUGAACUAUCAGCCUGUGAAUCCCCCUAUAGUCAUCGACCUGCCCACACCCCGGAACUCCUGACUGCUACCCACUCCAGUUCUGCCUGCCCGUAUCAGCUCCAUAUGUCUGGCCGAGAGCCUGGAUCCCCUGACCCAUUUCCUUCCAUGCAGAACAGCCCGGACAGUCUAUUUGGCCAUAGGACCAGCCAGCAAUGAGUAGAGUCCUUGGGAUGAAAGAAGUCACCCUGGCCAGCCUUCUGCCUUGAGCAGCCUUGUCGGGGGCACCAGGCUCAUUCCUGUUUUCUGUGUGUGCAUCUGCUCCUUCGUUCUAGGGUCUAACACGCUCACAGCCCUGUCUCACUUGGGAAAUGACAGAAGCUUGGUUUGACACCCCCUCCAGCUUUGAGAAGCCGUUGCUCUUGGAUGGGAUAUGGGAAAUUUUAUACAGGAUGUCUAGCUACCCAAGUGUGUCUGCGUAGCCUGUGAGCCCCAAGGUUUGGGGUGUAUGGCCCGGGCAAUGCAGCUCACUCUUCUCUGGCUGGAGGAAAGGAGCUAGACUUGUCCCUUGUGUGCAUGGAUCUUGGGAGUGUUCAGGGACAUCUCAGGAAUUCUGACAGCCCCCGGCCAGGCCUAGAGCAGAUGGCUUGGCUUAAUCCCGUACUCCUUCCUCAGGACCCUGCUGUCAAUGUGGACAAUGGCUGAGUGUCCCCAGCUUCUGGCUCAGAACCUGAAUUUGGGGGAACUCUGUUCUUCUGGUGGCCAGAACCUGCUGGUUAUUCAUCACAGUGAGGCCAUCUUAGAUCCUCUGGGACCACACUACUUUGUAGAUUACAAUGGCCAGGGGGUUCUACAGGCUGAGGCUCUGUGCCUGGUCACAGUCAUGCCCCAUGUGUGUGGCACAUGCGCUCCUUCAAACCUAACCAGGUUGUUAGCGUCUUCGAUGAGCUCCAUCCUUCAUGUGGUUGAUUUGCCUCCAGAGGGUUCCAGGAAGCUUGUCAGUACCACCGAUAACCGGGAGGUGGCGCAGUGACAGAGCUGCCCUGGGUGCUGAUGGCAGCUCCACCUCUGGCUGCAGCCUUUCCUGAGUUAGGCCUGGGUGAGCCCACCUGCAGGGAACAGAGCCAGCAGGCCCUGAGUCAGGGGGAGGCAGAGUCCAUUGCUGUCUAUUUAAAAAUGCCGGUAUUUGUUCUUUCUGGACUCUUUUUUGCACUCAUUCCGACUCUCAGUAACACGUCACUAAAAUAGUAUUCUUUGUCCCGACUCUUGAUGUUUUACACCUUUUAUGUCAUGCAUCAGACACGAGGGCCUCACUUGCUUGGCCUGGUUCCAGCCUUGGGACCAGAUAUCCUGGUACCUUUAUUCAGUAUAAGUUUGCAUUAUCUACAGACAUUCCUGCAAGGUAGGUACUCUUCCCCCUGUUACAGAGAUGAGGCCACUGAGGCCAGAGAGGAGAGGUCACUUGCCUGAGGAUGCACAGCACAAAAGGGGGCAACAAUGAGAUUUGGACCUCCAUCUCUGGCCUCACACCCGCACCAUCACCACCGGAGUUCUCUCCCUGCAAAGCAGGGCCUGGGUGAAGAGUCUCGCUUAAUUUGGAAGGGUCCUGUUCAAAACUGGCUCUUGUUCCUUCUCAAUCGAGAGUCCCUCAUACCAUAAGGAAUCCCGAGCUUUAAGUUCAGCAUCCUGUGAGACCCACUCCCAAGUCUUUCUCUGCAGGUGAGUGAGCUGGGCUCCGUAGCUUCACUGUGGGUGAGUCUGCAUUCCCAGACCACCUUUGGUACCCUACAUUGGCCAGGACAACUGUGCUCCACAGGCCACAGGGCUGCGGGAAUCUUGCUUGGGCCAAGUGGUUCCUGGUGUGUGGGACAUUUACAAGGUCUCUCUUUGGUGCCUCAGAUGCCUGGUGUGUUUGGGGCAGAGAAAAUGCAUCUCCUGUGUGCUUUCUCAGCUCUGCAGUGUCUAUGUGGACCAAGAACUAUAAACUUAAAAAGUUUCCUAGGGCAUCUUCAGAAUGCGGCAUAUUUUUAUGUGGAGAAGAAAAAGCUGUGGAGGCAGCUGUCUUGAAGAGAAAAUUCAUCGGAAGUCCUCAAGAUUUGAAAGAUGGCGGCCUGCUCCUCAAUCAUUUUGGCAUAACUUGAUUGUGGCUGUAAUUUUUUUGUCAAGCAUGUCAGACAAUAAAGUCUUUGUAAAAAGAAAAA